CACUCAACAUUACAACAACGUUGCAAUAAUAUUGUGCUGCAAGAUCGCAAUAUUUCAAAUAGUGUUGCUGCAACAUUACUACAAUGUCUCUAGUCUCGUCAUAUAAUAUUGCAGGCAAUAGUGCAAACGAAUUUCAAGCAUAUUUCUAUUUUUCAUAGUAAUAUAGUUUAAAGCCAAUAAAAUUCACAUAUUGGAGGAAGCAAAUCUGAUUCUCUUCAAACUUGCCUCGCAUUGGUUUAAAUUAGAUUCGCGUCUAACGCGAUUGAACGCGAUGAACAAUUCCUCGUUGAGCAGGGUUUGUGUAUAAAAUGAAUAAAGAUCGAAAGUUUGAUUUAAACUGAUUCGUUAAAAGUAGCUCUUAAAAAUAUAAAUUAAUUACAAAUCUAGUGCACACGUAUGUAUGUACAUAUGUAAGUGAGGGCGCAAAUAGUAUUUUCCUGCGAUACGAGUCCAAAAUGUCAGACAUUGAUAAAUGGAUGGAAAUUGCAAAAGAAUGCAAAUAUCUCCCCGAAAAUGACCUCAAGAAACUUUGUGACAUUGUAUGUGACAUAUUAUUGGAAGAAUCAAAUAUCCAACCUGUAUCCACUCCGGUAACGGUAUGUGGAGAUAUUCAUGGUCAGUUUUACGAUCUAGAAGAAUUAUUUCGUAAUGGAGGCGCCGUGCCUGAAACAAAUUAUAUAUUCAUGGGAGAUUUUGUAGAUAGGGGAUAUUACAGCGUCGAAACAUUUACACGCCUACUUACACUUAAAGCAAAGUGGUCUGAUAGAAUAACAUUGCUUAGAGGAAAUCAUGAAUCGAGACAAAUUACUCAUGUUUAUGGUUUUUAUGAUGAAUGUCAAAAUAAAUAUGGCAAUGCUAAUGCAUGGAAAUAUUGCUGUAAAGUGUUCGACUUACUAGCAGUUGCUGCCUUAAUCGACGACCAAGUACUUUGUGUACAUGGUGGGUUAUCUCCAGCCAUUAGGACACUAGAUCAAAUUAGGAUGAUUGAACGAAAUCAAGAAAUUCCACACAAAGGUGCUUUUUGUGAUUUGGUUUGGUCCGAUCCAGAAGAUGUUGAGUCAUGGACUAUUAGUCCACGUGGAGCAGGUUGGCUAUUUGGGAGUAAAGUAACAUAUGAAUUUAUGGAAAUCAACGAUCUUAAACUUAUUUGUAGAGCUCACCAAUUAGUUCACGAAGGGUACAGAUACAUGUUUAAUGAUGCACUUGUGACAGUAUGGUCAGCUCCAAAUUAUUGUUACCGUUGCGGUAACGUAGCUAGUAUUUUGCAGUUCACAACUGUCGAUCAAAGAAAACCAGUACUGUUCCAGGCAGUGCCUGACUCUGAAAGAGUAAUUCCACCUCUAACUAUUACACCAUACUUCUUGUGAUUUAACCUAGUUCUCCAUUUGUUUGGAUGCAGACAGGUGGUAUCUGCGUCUAGACUUUACGGAAUUACAUGACUGUUUCUUCAUGUUGACGGACACAGGCUGAUACUUUGACGGAGUAUAAAAUUUUCGGAAGUAUAUCAAAGGAUUAUAUAUUAAUCAGACUUUUAAUUUUUUAAACGUGUUCUUUUAUGUUUUUAUGAAGAUGUAUUAUUUAUAAAACAACGUGUGAUUGCCUACUUAGGAGAUGUCUGCACGCGAUUUUUUUUUUUAGAAAAUUUGUCACUAUUUGUAUUUUAAGCAUUUAACUUUUAUACGUAAUACGUCUGCCAUUACAUCAGCCUGAUUUUUUUUUAAAAAAAGAAUUCGCAUUGAAAUAAAUGUGAUCACUCUAUGGUCUAGACGCUUUUGCUGUCUACUGUGUACAUUCUGUAAAGCAUUCGCAUCUCAGAGGAGAAUUGUGGAUGUAUCGUUCGAAAAGCUAAAAGCUUUUAACUAAAGCACGAACGUGAACAACAAAUGGUGUACGAAUGAAUAAAUGGAAAAGAAGGAAAGGACAUUUAAACAUUCCUGAAUAGCAGUCUCUGAGUAUGUUGAAUGCUUAUUGAUAUUAUGAUCGUUGCGCAUAGAAUUCAGGUUUAUUAAAGCGUGAGCAUAUUGUAUACUACUGUUAAGGUCUUCCUGAGUAUAUAAUUGAUCUAUUUCUGGUUUAGAUACUGUGUGCUGCGUGCAAUUCUCUUUUUUAUUCUAGUUGAGCAAAUCAGUGUUCUUAGCAGCAUAAAUUCGGCGAUUCUGCCGAAGUACAAAUAGUAUGUAGCAGUAGCCAAAGUUUUUCUGCGUAGAUAAGGAAAUUGAAUAGAAAAGCUGUAUUAUAUAAUAGAAGUUUUGUUAUUAAUUUUUAUUCACAUGACAAUGUUAUAUUUUGUUUUUCUUUCCUCUUUUAUUAUGAGCUUAAUAUUAACUUCUGCAACAUAUCUGUAAAGCAUUAAAAAAUUUUUCGUACUGUCGGCCUUCUCAGCCACAUUUCACAUUUUUGUGUACAGGGCAACAGUUUUGAAUGUUAUAUUAUAUUUUCAGAAUCUUUAUACAUUGUAUGCCAAAUCGCUGUCGUACUGAAUAAUUAUAAUAGCUAGAUCGCCAUAAGUUCAUUAAUGUAGGGAGCAACUUUUAACAAUCAAUACCCUUAGUAAUGUGCCUCUAAAUUAAUAAGCGUUUGUGUAAUAUAAUGAUACGGUAUUAAUACAUAAUUAAAGGAACGCACCGGCCAUUGCGUAUCAUAAGCCUGAAUUCUGACCAUCGAUUUUGCUAGCUCAUGAUAUUCCUAAUCGAUCACAGACCCGACGAAUAUGGCAUUGGCACUGGCUGUCAAGUUGAAGCUACUCUAUUUUGAGUUUUGUGAUAUAGUUCAAGCGAGGCAUGUGAAAAUUGCGUCGACGUUUGUAACGAUUUUCCAUGUCGGAUCGUUUGAAAAUGUUUUGAAGACUUGUUAUUUAAAAGAAAAAAAAUGUUCAACUUUAGAACAGUGCCUUCGGAAUUAUAACACGACGGUCUAUCAGAAGUGAAUACUUUCUACUGACGGAUAAUCAUAGACGAACUAGGACAGAUCAUAUAAAUAACAGAGAGCUUAAUAAGAAAGCGUGAGAGAAAUUCUUUUCACUUUUUUAUAUUCCAAGAAUAUAAUAAUUCCUUUAUCAGAUUUCGAUCUCCAUUAUUAUGUCCUAAGCUAUUUCGACGUCCAUUUCGAUGAUUGCUUUACAUGAUACUUUUUACAUUUUACAAUAUUAAUAAAAAAUACAAUUUAUAUAUUAUAUAUAAAUAUGUCUUUGUAUUAAUUAUAUAAAUAUAUUUGCUUUGUAUUUACAUUAUCAACAUUAUAAUAGAUAGUUCGUUAUAUACAGGGCAAGACACGGAGUUUACGUUACAAACUCGACUUGUCGGUUUUGCAGCCUCUAAUUAUCGUAAAAAAAGGCGGUGAUGCGCGAGAAUGCCUAUGUAGUGCGGAUAUUUUAGAAAUCGUAAAAGUAUUAGCCUCUGUGUCUACUUAGGUAUUCGCAGCAGUCACCAUUGAAAUGCCUCUGUCUGUGAUCGCUUUAAUCUUAUCGAAGUGUCCAAGCGCUUGUGAUAAUUUACAUCGGUAAGCUCACAGGAUUAAAGACAAUGACAUUAAAAUAAUGAAACUAAGUUAGCUUAAUAAAUUAUUCUGUGCAGGAGCUUGAACACUGCGCAUAAUUCUUAAAGAUCUCACAGGUAGACAACAUUUUAACGAUCGUGUACCUUGAAAGUAUAGAUUUUGUUAUGUUAAUGUAAUGAAACGUCUGUAAUAAAAAUGCGCAAAAAUUGCAAAUGACAUUAUCAAUAAUACUCCCGUUAUUAUUGUGAUAAAUGAAGAGUACAAAUUAUAAAUAUAUAUACAAAUAUAUACAUAUAUACAGGCAAUAUACAUAUAUGUACAUACGCGUAUAUAUAUUGCGAGGUAUUACAAGAAAAAGAACUAUCAGUUGUAGGUAUGGGUGUGGAACAAUAAAGAUUACGUCAAAUCUGUUCAUCUUUAA